UUUUUUUUAUUCAUAUAUAUAGUUGAAUAAAUCAAUAAAAAGGACUAAAAACAAUGACAAAUUCUUGUAAAACUAAGACAAUUUCAUUUUUACAUUCACCAUCUUCUAAUCAUUGCAAGUUUAUAUGGCAACUUGUAAAUCAAUAACCUGGUACAAGUUGCCACGACCUAUAUAGAUAUAUAAUCUAUAUACAAUAUAAUAGCCAAUCUUUGCACAAGAAUUGCUAAAACCUGUCUUCUGUUAUCUCUGAUAGGACGUUUUGUUCUUUAUAUAAUAUAAAAUGUACAUUGAAAAUCAUUUGGAUGUUGUUGGUCAGGGUAAGAGACAAAUUGAACCAUGGAGCACAACAACUGGAUCAAUGACCUACGUUGAGCCUUCAAUUCCAUUUCGUGCAAACGAAUUUUCACGUGUUCAUCAUCUCGUGCCAUGGCGUCCAAAUGUAGGAUAUGAAAAUAUUGAAGUACUUCCAUUAUCAACAAAAGCAAUUAGUAAUUACGCUGUCGAUCCACUCAGCAAUAUGUCAACAAAGCCUUUAAAAUUUCCAAAUUUAGUAACGGGUUUUCAAAGGAAUCCCGUUCAUGCAUCACAAGCAGCACUUUAUACGCGAUACACUCCUCAGGAAUGGUUUCAAAAGCAAAUUAUGUUCUACAAUGAAGCUGAUUCAAAUCGACAUUAUUCUGAGAGAAUCAGAAACGAUGCUGUUAAAAUUAUGAGAGAAGCAGAAGAAAAAAUACAAAAUAAUCAAUAUGACACUGGUAGAAGACUUGGGGAAAGAAUAACAGACGUGACAUUUUGGCGAAAUGAAGUUUCAUCGGAAUUAGAAAGAAUGAUUCAAGAAAUUGAAAGACUACAAGAUUGUCGAAUUGUUUUAGAAAAGGCAAUUCAAGAUAUUGAAAAUCCAUUACAUAUUGCAGAAGAAUGUUUGUAUCAUCGGGAAGCAAGAAAAGGAACAGAACUCGUUCAUGAUAAUACCGAAAAAUCUCUUUUACAUGAGGUUCACAAUUUGCAAAUUGGCCAAAAGAAACUUGAAAUGUGCCUUGAUAAAUGCAAAGAUCAACUCCGAAAUUGUAGGGCAUCACAAAAUCAAUUGGAGCUUGACUUAAAAAAUAAACAAAGUGCACUCGGUAUUGAUGUACUUUGUCAUCAAUUAAAUAACCGCAGUCACGGUUUGCAAUAUUAUUCAGGAAUUGAAAAAUGUGAUCCUUGUGUUUCUGAGCAAGAAACAUGGGCAGAGGCAGCCAAUAGGAUUAUUCAAAAAUCCCAAUCGGAAAGAACUAAAUCAUGUCAAUUGCGAACUGACGCAGAAACUCUUGUUAAUCGUGUGGCUCAAGAAAUGUGGGACUCUUGGUCAACGACAAAUAGUGCUCUUGCAAAUAGAAGUUCUGAAAUGCUCGAAGCAAAAAGCAAAUUACAUCAACAUCUUAAUAAGGUUCAACAAGAAAUAUUCGAUGUGGAGAAAAAUUUAGAAUUAAUGCGCAAAGCAAUUGCUGAUAAAAGUUAUGCGGUUAAAGUUGCCCAUACGAGAUUAGAAGCAAGACGACAUCGACCUGAGAUUGAAUUGUGUCGAGAUUUUGCUCACGUUAGUUUGCAAAAAGAAAUAGAAGACAUUAAUAGACAAGUGGAACGAAUGUACAAGGCAUUGAAAGAAAUAGAAAAUCAACAUCAAAGAUUACUACGUACUCGAAGUGGAUUGGAACAUGAUCUUGCACUAAAGAUAGAUGCAAUGUAUAUUGACAAGGAAAAAGUAACUGGCUUAAGACGAGCGUAUCCAGUAAAUGCACUUUUUAGAUUUUAAAUUACGUGAAUGUAAUUUAAUUCAUUUUUUCAAUUUAAUUAUUGUUGAAUUUGUUUUUUUUCAAUUUAAUUGUUGUUAAAUUUGUUUUUAAAUAUAUAUAUACGAGAAAGAAAAUUAAAAUUA